CAGCAGCCCUGCCAACCGGGCCAGCAGCAGCGCGGCAGAGGCCGCGGGCAAAGCAGAGGGCGCGGUGGCCGAGGGCGUGGACGCGGACAACAUCCGGCACAGUACGGUCAACAGGGGUACUGGUAUCCACCGCAGGGUCAGUCCAUUUAUCACCUGGGAGGGGGUGUUCAACCAGUUUCUCAUGCAGGGGGCUUACCAUCAGACGGGGGUAUUCUUGGUUCUGUUCCACAUCCAGUUGUGUGUCAAAUUUGUUUUUCUGCAGGUCAUUCUGCUAUCACAUGUCCCUCUCGUUUCACACAGCCCUCUGCUCCUGCUUUGUUGACUACUCCUGGAGAAACUAAUCCCGCUUUAUGGUAUCCUGAUUCAGGAGCUUCUGCUCACAUGACUGCAUCUGAAUGUAAUUUAAUUAAUAAAUCUCCUUACAAUGGCUAUAAUUCUGUUAGUGUUGCUAAUGGUGCCCAU